GUGCUCUCGUCUGUGCUGCACUUCUUUGUUGCAUGAGUGAUGAUCGUCCUCGACGCGUCCGCUCACCACCUCGCCAAUGGCCCCUGCUCCCUAGCACCGCCCGCCCCAUAGACGAGAUCGUGCACAACAUGUCGGUCGCCGGGAGAAGACCCGCCAGCAGCGGCAGCGGUGGAGGAGGAGGAGGAAGUUCGGGCACGACGGUCGAGCUGGCGGUGUUGCCGAGCUUGAAGAGCUGUCUGGUCAAUUUGCCGCCGUCACUGGUCUCGCUGCUGCUGAACGCGAAUACGGUGGCCCAGAAUGUGGUGGUCGAGUUGCAGUAUCGCCAGGCGCAGCCGGUUGGAGCGGAUGGCAAGACGAAGCCUACGACGACACAGUCGGUGUUUGUGGGCUGGACGGGCAUGCAAUCGCAGUCAAGGCCUUCUUCAGUGAUUGGAAGAGAAGGUGUCAGAGGCCCUCAAGAGAAGGAUGUGGCUACAGUGGAAAUAGAUGCUACCUUCGCCAGGCGAUUAGGUCUCAGUGGAGGCAUGAAGGCAAAUGUCUUGUUGCACAUAGACCCGCCGCAAGCUCAUACAGUCAACAUUGAGCCUUUGACGGCGACUGAUUGGGAGAUCAUUGAGCUUCACUCAUCCUUCCUGGAGAUGAACUUCCUCUCCCAGGUCCGAGCCCUUCCUAAUCCAGCAGCCGGUCACACACAUCCUCUCACACUCCACCUCACGCCGACUUCCACCGCAAACAUAACAGUUACAUCUCUCACGCCCCCACCAGCGAGCACUCAGCCUUUUGUCAAAAUAUCCCCAGAUGCCGAGGUUAUCGUUGCACCGAAGACACGCCAGUCACAAAAGCAGAGCUCUUCCAAAGACAAUCGAAGCACUACCAGCGCCGGAAGACGCAGUGCUGGUGGGAGAAGUUCAGGGAGCCAGGUGCGCCAUAAGAGCGAACGUGAGAUCGAGAAGACUCGCCCGCCGAUCUUUUUGCGAGGUGUGACACGAGCACUCAAGAACGAGUGGUUCGAGGACGGAGGUGAUGAUAUGAAAGAUGAAGGCCUGCGGAUCUGGCUCGAUCGAGAGCAUUUGCUUUCCAAGACACUGAGAGGCGUGACUUGGGUGGCGGUCUCUGUGAUCAAACCCGCCGGAUUGCAGCAGCCGGUUGACCCGCAAAGUGGACCUACUCCAGAUCAGAAGCCUGCUCAGAAGGUGGUUGCGAGACUGUCGGCGUGGGAUGAUGCGCCAGAUAGCAGGCAUGUUGCACUAUCUUCGCUAUUGUGCGCAGUGCUGGACGCUGAAGACAUCGUUGGUGGUAUCGUCCGCAUCGAUCCUGCUCCUGCGCCACUUCCAAGGACUGCCUCAGCGCUCAAAGAUCCGUCAGCACAGGCGAGCAAAGAGGCGAUUGUCAAGAAGCUGAGACUCACACCCUUCUUGCAGACUGCAUCUGAAAAGAAAGCUGCAGGCAUUAAAUUCGGCGGCGAGUCAAAGUCGGAGAAGGAGAACACCGCGCAGCAAGUCUUCAAAGCACUCUCGGCAAACAAAAUCCUCGAGGGCCCUUUGACUGAUGGCAUGUACCUUCCGGCUUCAGACAGCUGGCCAGGUGGCAUUCUGGACUUUGAGCCCGCACCUCCUGGUGAUCCCUCGAAGCCAAAGACAAAUUGGUUCCUUGGAGCAGAGCGAAAGCUUGAUCUUUCAGUACAACAACAGACCUCGAACCAGAAAGGAUCGCAGUGGCCACCUGGAGAAAAGUUACCAACGACCAUUCCGACAUUGGUCGGUAUCGACAGUGUGAUUGAACAGACUCGCAAGAGUCUAUUGCAUACUUCUUCCGUACUGCUGACCGGAGGUCUCGGGUCCGGAAAGACGUCUCUUGUCCAGCUUCUGGCGCAUCAACUCCGCAACGAAUAUCUCUUCAACGUCAUCUACUUCCCCUGUCGGACCAUGAUCAAUGACGACACGCGAGUGAAGACUGCCAAAGACCACCUUAACCGCGUCUUUGCAUCUGCUUCCUGGGGAGCCCGUAUAGGCGGCAGAGCAUUGGUCAUUCUGGACGACCUCGACAAGAUGUGCGCUGUAGAGACCGAGCUUGAACAGCAGAGCAACAUCUUCAGCAAACAGGUCAGCGAGCUACUCUGCUCAAUAGUACGAGAGUGGUGCACAAGGGACUCAGGUGUGGUCAUGCUCGCUACGGCGCAAAGCAAAGAGGCUGUGAACAACAUCGUAAUUGGCGGGCAUGUCGUUCGCGAUAUUGUGGCGCUCAAAGCACCUAGCAAGGAUGGUCGACGCAAGGUUCUGGAUCUGCUCGUCAAGCAGGCAAAUAAAGCUGGUAGUCGCGACGGCGCCGAGACUGUUGUGAAGAAUGGUGGACAACUCAAUGCUUGGAUGGAAGACUCCGACGGCGAGCAGUCGAGACCGACUUCUGCUCAUGGACCAAAGGAAGCUCCUGAGGAAGACAAUCCGGACCUGGAUCUCCUGGAGGUUGCUGGCCAGACCGAUGGAUAUAUGCCUGGUGAUCUGGCUGUUCUGGUCUCACGUGCCCGUAGUGAGGCACUUAUGCGUGCAGUCAACGAAGAGGUGAUCUCUGACGAGGUACUUCUGACUGAUGUCGACUUUACUGCUGCGCUGAAGGGCUUCACACCAGCGUCACUGCGUGGAGUCACUUUGCACUCUUCGACAACCACAUUUUCCAGCAUCGGAGGAUUGAAGGAAACGCGACAGACUUUGCUGGAGACACUGCAGUACCCAACCACAUACGCUCCUCUCUUCGCGAAGUGUCCUCUUCGUCUGCGAUCUGGUCUCCUGCUCUAUGGAUAUCCGGGUUGCGGCAAGACCCUGCUGGCAUCUGCAGUGGCAGGUGAAUGCGGACUCAACUUCAUCUCAGUGAAGGGGCCUGAAAUCCUCAACAAGUACAUUGGUGCUUCAGAGAAGAGCGUCCGAGACUUGUUUGAACGCGCAGAAGCUGCAAAGCCGUGUGUCUUGUUCUUCGAUGAGUUCGAUGCCAUCGCCCCCAAACGUGGUCACGACAGCACUGGCGUCACAGAUCGUGUCGUGAAUAUGCUGCUUACGAUGAUGGACGGUGCAGAGGGCUUGUCUGGAGUCUACGUUCUGGCUGCAACAUCUCGGCCAGACCUGAUCGAUCCAGCUCUGCUCCGACCUGGUCGUCUGGACAAGUCGCUGAUCUGCGAUAUGCCGAACGAAGAAGACCGACUCGAUAUCUUGCGAGCGACAAGUGACAAGCUGCAUCUCCUCCCGGAUCUCACGAGCGAAGAUAACACUGGACCAGAGUCCAUGCACGAAGUAGCACGUCGCACCGAUGGCUACUCUGGCGCUGAUCUGCAAGCCGUCAUGUACAACGCUCAUCUGGAAGCUAUUCACGACGUCCUAGGCCCGUCCACCGAGAACGCCACCCUUGAAUCCGAGAAGAAGAGUAACCGAAGAUCUGGAGGCAAGAGCCACGACUUUAGCUACUUCAAACUUGGGCAAGUGAACGUCUCACAAGAUAAUUCCCCCGCCGCUCUCGCCCAACAAACAGCCGAACGAGCAAAUAUCGCAGAAAAGCUCAAAGCCCUCCAACUCGCUCGCAAGAAGGCCAAAGCGGAACGUAGCGCCGCACGCUCCUUUGUCCCUGCCAGACCAAGCAGUGCACUGAGCCAUCAUCGCAGCUCUUCCGCCCUUUCCAAUCAACGACCAGGUUCGGCUUUGAGCCAGAACGUUUCCUCUAGUCAUCAGACAAAUGGUGACAAAGCAAACGACGAGCCUAUCAUCACGUGGAAACAUCUGGAGAAGAGUCUACAAGAGACGAGGUCGAGUAUUAGUCGACAGGAGAGGUUGCGAUUGGAAAGAAUAUAUCGUGAGUUCGUGGUUGGGAGGAACGGAGAUAUGCAGGAUGGGCAGGGUGGGACGGAGAUCGGGGGACGGACGAGUCUGAUGUAGGAUGAUGGUGUACGAAGUAUCAUUUCCCCGUUGAACCGUCGCGCCUUCUGAGGUUCAUUACAGAUGUCUUCAAAAUUCAAUCUCACCACAAGCCCAACCAACUCCCACCAGUCGACUGAUCCUCCAACUUCUCACCUUUCUUCCACGUCGCCUUCGCAGUAUCCCACUUGGCCACAUUCUCCAACUUCGGCGGAUUAUACCUCCAACCCGCAUCCAUCCAAUUUGGCAGCC